CCCGUCCCCGUGCUCGACAGACGUCAACAUAACCAAAUUCUCUCUUUCCUUCGUUCUGGUUUUUAUCUGGAAAUGGCAUCCACACUUUGAGUUUGCUUUUUAUCGAAACACCUUUGACAAAUUUUUCGUUUUAUUUUUAUAUAUUCCUAAAGGUAAGUUUUCAGGACUGCAUUUACAAGUACUUAAAUGACGAUCGUACACGGUUUGGCGUACGAUGCACGAAAUCGCUCGGCCUGCUUCUGCCUGAGCAUGUGUCACGUUUAAUAGCGUCAUCGUGUGACUUGUGGUUUCGUUUACAUUCACAACACAUCGGCGGUAAAUUAAAAUCUCUAUUGUUUACAGUUAAAUGGCUGAGACUCGUGGAAAUUUCCGUGGAGGAUUUGGCAGAGGUGGUUCUCGCGGUAGAGGACGCGGACGUGGCCGUGGCCGUGGCAGAGGCAAGGAAGCCGAAAAGGAAUGGGUACCAGUAACUAAGCUUGGCCGUUUGGUCAAAGAUGGAAAAAUAUCUUCCUUGGAAGAGAUUUACUUGUUCUCGUUACCUAUUAAGGUGAGUUGUGAUAGUAUUUGCUAGGUAGUGUACUGAAUAAAGUUACUUUAUUUUUUGUACAAAACAGCUAUAGUAUCAUCAUAGAGCUUAAUUUGUAAUCUAUCUUAUAUUUUAUAUAUGUAUAUUUUAUCUCUACAGGAAUUCGAAAUCAUUGACUUCUUCAUUGGUUCUUCAUUAAAUGACGAAGUAUUGAAAAUCAUGCCAGUUCAGAAACAAACACGUGCCGGUCAGCGUACCAGAUUUAAGGCUUUUGUUGGUAUGUAUUUGGUUUAAGCAGUGAUCAUAAUAAUAUUAUGUAAUUAAUAACUAUUAAAGUAAAUUUUUAUGGUUGUUUUAUAUUAAAUUAAUCUGUAUAGGUAGUAGGUGCUGUACAAACUGUAUUAACUCUUAUGUAUCCUCAAAUCAUUUAAUAUUUUAUAUUUAUACAUAAUUUUAUCGAUAUUUUUGCACUUUCUUCCAAAAUGUUUAAAAAUCUAUCUUUUAAUAUGUUAAUAUAUAUAAAAACAUUCGGACAUACCUCACACGGUAGAGGGGGUAUCAUAGUAGGUUUGAAGUGAGGAAGAUAGAGGGGUAAUCUGUAUGCAACAAUGUAUUUCUAAUGAAAACUGAUUUUGAGCAGAGUUUGGUUAUUCGUGUUUUGAAAAGCUAUAAUAUUUAUGGUUUAAAAAUGAUACAUUAGUAAAAAAUUUCCCCUAGUUUUCCUAUUUAUUAUGAAAACCCUCUUGAAAAUUAGAAAUGAUCUCCUUAACUUAAAGUACUUGCUCUUUCAAAUUUCCUUUUAAUAAAUUAAAGGUUUUUACUUUUAAAUUUCAUAAUCAUUAAGCUGUCAAUACUCAAUAUCACUUGGAUUUUGUAUACACAUAAUUUAAUUAAUACUGCUUGAUAAUAAUAAAAUUGUUGUCUAUUUAUUUUGGAAUAAAAGAAAAAUUAUUUUAGAUUACAAGCAUAGCGAGGGAGCUAUUGGUUUUAUAAUGCUAUUUAUUUCUUCUUCUGUGUUCUAGUCUGGACAUGUCUUUUUCUUGUAAAAUAGCUUUUAUUUUUAUGUGUAAUAAGUUUUCUAAAAGUUCAAGUUGUUUAGAUUGUACUUUAAAGAGGUCAUUUUUUAAAUUAAAGCACUUGAGUGAGAAAAAAACUUAGGAAAACUUAAAAUUUCGUGAUUUCAUUAUUUUAUUAAAACAUGGACAACGUUUUCUAUCAGAAAAAAUGAUUUAAUCAAAAAUUACAAGACACUUUUUUGUUGAUAUUUUGAUUUACUUUCUUUUGAUAUUAUCACCAAAAUCUUUGAACCACUUUUAAGCUUUUAAGAAAUUUUAAUUUUUGGGAGUUUUCGCUGUAAUUUGUUUAUAAAUAUAUGUAGAGAUUUUAAAUUUGGUAACAAUACUUAUUGUUGAACUUACCUAGACAUGGUAAAAUUUCUAAAGUUAUUAGACAAAUUUUUUUUUUUUAAUAAGCGUUUUGAAUUUAAAAAAAAAAUUAGGCACUUCAAAUUAUGUAUUACUGAAUUGCACUCGGAAUCGUCUUUCGGCAAGUAAUGGUUUAUCAUUACUUAUAGAUAUAAAUGAAAUAACCUUAUGUAUUCUACCUUCCCAACUUUCACCUACAACAGUGGCUGCUCCCAUCCUCAGUAUCGGCUCUUUUUUCUCUAUUUUAUUUUCAUUGAAAAAUAAAUCAAACAUUUUAAUAUUCAUGCAUUUUUUUUUAGCUAUUGGUGAUUCCAAUGGACAUAUUGGUUUGGGUGUUAAGUGUUCGAAAGAAGUAGCGACAGCCAUUCGAGGUGCUAUUAUUUUGGCCAAAUUAUCUGUAGUUCCAGUACGACGAGGCUACUGGGGGAACAAAAUUGGAAAACCACACACAGUACCAUGCAAAGUAUGUUUAUAUUUAAACAAUUUAUUUGAUAUCCAUUAACUAUACAUAGUUUAUACUCUUCUUUUUAUAACAGGUAACAGGAAAAUGUGGUUCAGUAGCAGUACGUUUAAUUCCAGCUCCUAGAGGAACUGGAAUUGUUAGUGCCCCAGUCCCCAAAAAAUUAUUGACUAUGGCUGGAAUUGAAGAUUGUUACACUUCUGCACGUGGUUCUACUGGUACCCUUGGCAAUUUUGGUAAGUUAUGGAGUAUUAAUAAAAAUACAUAUCUGAACUAUAUUUUUGAUAAUUUUUUUCCCCAUAAUUUUAGCCAAGGCUACUUAUGCCGCUAUUGCAAAAACAUAUGCUUAUUUGACACCCGAUUUGUGGAAGGAUGUACCACUUAAGAAGACACCGUACUCAGAGUUUGCGGACCAUCUUUCAAAAAGCCACAAAGUCGUCCAAAAUAUGAGGGCUGAUAUAAUAUAAUUUUAUACUUGUUGAUGACGUGAUGCGAGCAAUUUAUAUUGUUUGAUAUCAAAUAAAAUGAUGUAAAAUUUUAUCCUGUGUAAAUUAUUCAAAUGAUAACAAUCAAAGACUGUGACCCCAUUCAGAAAAAAAAAAGCAGUUCAGAUUGGUGUAAGA